AUGACCAACGGAAGCCUCGAAAGCAAUGAGGAGCCACUCCAGGGCCAGCAGCGGAGGUCUCGCAGCGCAGGACAGACGGCCAAAGAGGACCAGAGGCCCACGGCCCAGCAGAAGCAAGCACACAGCUCUGCCGAGGCCGAAGAUCUCCUCCCCCCGCCUCCACCUUCUCCACCUCUACCUCCUCCUCGGAAGCCCUCCUUCCCCUUCCAGUGGGCCUGGGAGACCUUCACCUUGGAAAGCCGAGUCCUGCAUCAGCCUGGCUCCCGCUUGGCCAGAGGCCACCAAGCCCAGCCAGCCAACAGUGCCCGGGGCCUGUCCCUGCCCUCAGCGACCCCCCAGUUGCAACUCCAGCCCAAGUCCAGACGCAAGUCCACGACCAAACUCCCAGAGCCCCACGGCUUCUGCUGGAAGACAGAGGCGCCAAACACGGAGAGGAGACGGCAGCCGGAGGCCCGUGGCAGCAAAGGGGGGUACCAGGGGCCGGAGCAGUCCAGCAAGUGCGGCGUCUUGCUGCCUGAGUCUGAGGAGGCCACUGAAGCCCCGUGCACUGUGCAGGCCAAGCUGGAUCUGAGCCCCAGGAAACUGCCCCUGAUCCCCAGGAGGGGGCUAGCCUGCGGGCAGAAGGAGACAGAAGAGGCCGAGGACAGGGAGCACAGGGCCCUCCAGAGAAGGAGGGCCCAGUCUCGAAGGAAGGGGCGGAACUCUGGCGAGGAGGACCUGGACAAGCGUGAGCUACAGGGCCACAGCCAGGGGAGCGGCCCCAGAGCAGACAAUGUCCUCGGGGCGCAGAGGAGGACGUCCAGGGCCAGGGAGCUGGAGGGGCCGUGGGACCUGGAAAAGCUGCAGAGGCAGUUACAAUGGGACUUGGAGAAACAGGGCCUCUGUGGCCCCCAGAAGGAGUCCUGGAAGGUUUUGCGGGCUGUUGUGCAGGCCUCUGGCCGGAGUGGGAAAGCUCAUCCCUCAGGAGAUGUCAAGACUUCCCUGUCCUCCAGCUUCCCUAACCGCACCUUCCACAAACGACAGGAGGCCACCAGAAGCCUGCUGCAGUCCUGGGAGCGGCAACAGCAGGAGGAGCUGCUGCGGCUCGAGCUGCGCCGGGCCCGGGAACAGCAGGUACAGCAGCAGGUGGCUCGCUGUCUGGCAGCCUACGCGCCCAGAGGGAGUCGCGGGCCCACAGCCGCCCAGCGCAAGCUGGAGGAGCUGAGGCGCCAGGAGCGACAGCGCUUUGCUGAGUACCAGGCGGAACUUCAGGGCAUCCAGCACAGGGUGCAGGCCAGGCCCUACCUGUUCCAGCAGGCCAUGCAGACCAAUGCCCGACUCAGCGUGACCCGGCGCUUCUCCCAGGUGUUGUCGGCACUGGGCCUGGACGAGAAACAGCUGCUGGCUGAGGCAGAAAAGGGAGACAUGAAGGGCACCUCCCGGAAGCCCAGAAGUCACAGGUCAGUAGAGGUGAGGACGGAGCACCCUUCUCAGAGCCCCACAAGGACAGAACCCAGACCCACCAGCAGCCAGCCUGACCAACCCUGCACCCCUAGUCUGGACCCAGCAUCCAGUUCCCAAGAUAAACAUUAA